GCAAGUAGGUUACUUUGAAGAGCUGAUGAAUUCUGUUUAGAAUAAGUAAUUUAAUUGAGUCAGAAUCCGCCACGUCAAGUGCGAUGAAAGAAAGCCGACAGUAAGUGAUGGUGAAGAGGGUUCGGACACCGCUGGCCACUGGACUAAUUUGCACAGUGUGUUCGAUGCGAAAAGUUCGGGGUCGACUGCGAUGGGUAUGUGGUACGAAAAUCAGCUUCACAGGUCCAUACGCAGACACAAGCCCCGUUCUUGCUACCGAAGCCAGCAUCAGUUUGCUCGGUGAGGGGCGCCGGAUCACAGACGUUAGAGUUCGUUCACUAUACCCCUAGAACAAUGGCACCUCAGAAGCUGCAUAUUUCUUCGCCAAGUCCAGCCCUCACUUUCAGUACAGAGACUGAGCAUAUGUACUUCAAAGUCUUUCACGAUCGUGCCGCUAUGGAGCUCUCUGGAUACUUUGACACUGACUUCUGGGGACGGACCAUUCUUCAGAUAUGCCAUGAAGAGGACUUCGCGCGGCAUGCAGUAAUUGCUCUUGGGGCUCUCAGCGAAACGAUGGAAGAGGUGCAAGCCGACAACCUACUCUUUCCGAACUCAGAGGAAAUCCGAAAAAAGCACCAUCAAUUUGCCCUUCGACAUUAUGGAAAAGCACUGAAACUGAUGCGGGACAUACCUGGCCAAAAGGGUCGGAUAUGGACCAAGUAUGCUCUACUAUCAUGUCUCCUGACGACUUGUUUUGAGAAUUACUUGGGCAACCACGACGGGGCGAUUGCAGCAGCUCGGGCUGGCAUUGAGUUGCUGUAUCAGAAGUCCACUGGAGGGUGGUGCGAGUCUGAAACCGAUUUACACGGCGCCAUUCGGCAAUGCUCGUACGACGACAUUGAUUUGAUGAGUACUUUUGAUCGUCUAGAAGCCGUGGUUAUCUUGGACAAUCAAAGAAGACGGAUUACAAACCCGCGGGUCCUUUCUCAGCUUCAACAACGGAGACCAUUUAAGUGCACCAUGCCCACCCAGUUCAAUACUGUGAGGGAAGCCAGGAUGUAUUGCGACUAUCAUGUCAAAAGAGCACUCGCAUGGCAACCGGUUGACUCUCAAUGGGCUAGUUCGGCGGAGCUAAUGAAUUUCGGAGUGGAUGAUCCAGAAAGGCGGAGAGUGAAAUGCGAAGAGUUUGCCCGACGCGCAGCAGCAGAGUUUGAAGAAUAUAGUGGCGCCAGAGCAAAAUGGCAUCAAGCUUUCCUACCAGUCUUCGAGGCGACGAGGGAAUACCCCGGCAGCAAGGACUUCCUUGGAGCAUCAAUGCUCAUGAUCCAGUACGUCAGUUCAAUCCCCAUGUGUGUGCCGCCAGAAGAGAUGUCCGAGUUGAUAUUUGAUCAAUAUACUCCACACUACCGCUUACUCGUUGAGUUGUCGCGUGAGUUGCUAGAGAUGUACCCUCGUACCAAAUCUCGGAAGGCUGUGUUCUCAUUUGACGACGGCUUUGUGGCGAGCUUGUUUCAAACUGCAAUUCGCAGUCGGGAUCGGGAUAUCAGGAAACAGGCACUUAAAUUGCUUGUUGAGCAUCCCCGCCGAGAAGGCCUUUGGGAUAGUGCGGCUGCAGCAAAAGUAGCUUGCUGGCUCGUUAAUCUGGAAGAGGAGGAAAUGGUGGAUGGCUUUGUGCCAGAAAGUUCGCGGUUGAGAAUUGAAAAAAUGGACACGAACAUGAUGGACAGAAAAGUCGCAAUUCGAUGUUCCAAGUGGGAUGAUGACCUCCAAGGAAGAUACGAUUUGGAGGAUGUAGUUUUGUCUUGGUAAGGGUUGGGAAACACGCUGGAGGUAGUCAUUGAAUCACAAUUACUAAA